GCCAGCUAAACGAACUUUGGAAGACCGCGCGCUGACGCAUGCCAAGGGCCUUCCUCGCGAAUGACCGGCGCGCGAGACCCCGAGGGCCCUCGCGACUCCCUGAAUAGCCGAGGGCUGCUACCUCGACUGGACUCCACGUCGUUGCUCUCGUUUGCGCUGCUACUCUGCGCGACUGCCGCUGUGCCGCCCCGCGUACGCGUGGUGCUCCUGGGCUCGGAGGUGCUGUUCGCCGCGGUGCUGCGCAUCCGCUUCAGGCGCCAGAACCAGGUCGCGACGGGCAGCAAGGCUGGCAGCGGCAAUCCUGGACCCCAGCAACAGGCAGCUGCGGCCACAGGUGCUGCGUCCGUAGCACACACACCGGCGGCAGGCAAGGCGAGCAGCAGCACUGUAAUUGUGGUGGACCAAGCGGAGCGUCGAUUGGGCCCUACUCACCGCGCGGCCGCGGGGUCUGUAGAGAGGUCUAGCCCAGGGCCCUUCGCGCUGCUGCUGUUGUGGACUCUGCCGGCCCGCAGUUGGCGCCAGCACCAGGGCCCCAACGGCCGCCGCAAUGCAGGGCAUGGGGUCGAGGUGGGGCUACAAGGGGAAGCGGCUGAUGAGCAGGAGCUGCCCUCGCCGCCAGGAUUGUCAAGCCCGCAAACUGGGUCAGGUGCAGCCGCAUGCAGCAGCCGAGCCGACACCAUAGGCGCGCUGCUGCCGCCGUCUACGCCCCCUGUUGUGAUGGGCCUGCUUCGAGGCGGCGGGUUACUCAGCGGCCUAGGUGCGAUUGUAGGCAGGCAGCGGCGGCGGCGCGCAGGCAGCGUCGCGGCACAGCAGCGGUCGCCCCGCGGCAGCCAGAGCGGCACCGGUGAUGCCGGCGGCCGGCUUUGUGGCGCGGGGGCCCUAGACGGGAACGUAGCUGAAGACGGCGAUGUGGGUCGGACGAAGCACCAACCCGUAGGAUCUGCAGACGCACAGCCGCCAGUACUGCAGCAAGCGGCGGCUCCUGCAGCGGCCCUGCCAACCGCCGCAGCUGGCAGCCUCAUCGGUGCGCGACGGCGCUUUUGGCGGCGUCGCAGGCCUGCUGUAGCAGCCACCGCAAAUGGGUUCGAGUGCCCAUGCCCCACACAGCAGGGGCCGCACGCCUGUGCCAGCACCACGUCUGGUGCUGCUGAGAUCCCCGCAAACGACUUGACUGCGGCGCUGCAAGCUACGGCCGCGGAUAGCAGCAUCCGUACAGGCAGCGCAGCCGCUGGCAGUAGCAGCAGUAAGCUGCAACUGCUUGCUCUGAUGGCGGUGGUGGACGGGGCCGGGUACAACGACGCCGCGGCACGGACGCAGAUGCUGGCGUCGCGGCUCCUGGAUCCGCGGGAGGGCCACGUGCCGCUGCUGCAGGGCGGCCACCUGCUGAGCCAGUGGUUCGCCGGCCUGGCAGGCCCGCACCAGCUCAGCCUCGGCCACCUGGAGCAGCUGCUCACCUACCUGCUGCUGCCGCCGCCGCUGGCUCCGCACCUGCAACAUCAGGCCUCGGCAGUGGCCGCAGCAGCGCCGCGGCCGUCCCUGGUGCCGCAGGCUUGCGGAGCCGCGGUGCCGCCACGGCGCACAAGGAGCCGUGCAGGUCCGGUGGAGGCAGAGGCGGAGGCUGUUGUGGCUGCGGCUUCAGCCCUAGCGGAAGAGUUGGCAGGUGUGGCCGGCGCCGGCAGCUUGCCGGCCUCGUCUCCCGACAUCCAGCGCCUGGCCUGGCAGCUGAUGGAGGCGCUCGAGCUGCCGCCGCAACCCACGCCGCUGUCAUCAUCAACGUCAGUGGAGCCCCGUCAGGCCAUGAUCAGCGCGACAGCUGAUGGCACAGCAGCAGCCGGAGUGUCUGCUGAUGCGCCUCUUGCUACCGGACGCCUCGCGCCGGCGAGUGCUGGCACGGCGGCUCCGGGGCGCCGCCGCGGACUCACCCGGCGGCAGCGCCGGGCCCUGGCAAACUCCAGCACUCUGUCGCCACCACAGCCGGCCGCCAGGGCUGUGCACACCGCGAUUGAGCCCGUGCAGGACGACGCUAGCGGUCCGCCGCACGCGCCAGCGGCGGUCUCACAGCUGUGUGCCGCCAGCACGCCAUCCACCGGCUUGUCAACAGGCCGCACAGGCGACGCGGCGGGCGGUUCCACAGCCGCGUCCACAGCCGCGGGCGCUAAUGCUGCUGGACGGCUGCUGAGCGCGAGCACUGACACGCUGGUGGCCAGCUACCGCCCGCUGGCCUUCUACGCCGUCAUGGAGGCGGUGGCGGGCGCGACGCACCUGGCGCUCACCACCCGCUGCGGGGGGCUGGGGCUGGGCUGGCGGCUCCUGGGCACCACCCCCGCCGGCACAGCGGCCGUCUACGAGUGGCAGCCGCACCCACAGCCCCUGCAGCGGCCGCGGCAUCCCACUCCCAGCGCUCCUGGUGCCAUCGCUUGCUCUGCUGCUGCAGGUGCGGGUGCCGCUGCAUCCACGGCGCACCCCGGUGGUGGUGGUCAGGUCGCGCCGGCGGCGGCGGAGCGGCACCCACAAGCACAGGUGGAUGCGGGUGCGGAGGCAGCAGGGGAGGACGAGGCGCCGCCGCCGCUGGUGUUCCUGCACGGCAUCGGCAUGGGCCUGACGCCCUACCUGCGCGUGCUGGGCCGGCUGGCGGCGGUGGCGGAGGCGUCGGCGGCGUCUUCACACAGGCCGCCUCAACGACUGCUGGCAGUGCAGUACAAGCACGUCUCCAUGCGCAUCACCGCCAACAUCCCGGCGCCGCACGAGGUGGCGGCGGACGUGGCGGCGUUCAUGGGCGCGCAGGGUGUUCGCAUCAUGUCGGUCCUGGCGCACUCGUACGGCACGCUGGUCGCCUCGGCGCUGCUGAAGCUCGCCGCCGCCUCGCCCGCCGCGCCGGCCGUCAGCCGCCUCACGCUGGUGGACCCCGUAUGCUUCGCCAUGUUCCUGCCGCACUUGACACGCAACGGCCUGUACCAGCAGCCCGUCACGCCCACACCCGCGCCCGCGACACCAGAGCCGCAGCAGCUGGACGCGCAGCCGCGCCAGCCUCCUCCGUCAGAGGGGGCAGACGCAGCAGGGGUCCCAGAGGCUGCGGCGCGAGGGCCUGGAGCCCAGCCGGCAGUGCCCGACAGAGAUGCGUCCACCACCGUACAGCCUGCAGCUGUAGGCGCGGCGGGUGCAGGAGCAGGGGUGGCGGCGGGCGUGAGGCUGGGCGCGGGUGUGCCGCUCCAGCUCCAGCAGCAGGCGGGGCAGCCGCGCGACCGGCUCGGUGCCGCACUGGGCAGACGGCUCGCGCGUAUCCUGCUGAGAGGCCUCGUGGUUGCGGAGUUCCACUGCGCGGUGGCGCUGCGCCGGCGGCUGGACUGGGCGCGCGUCAACCUGUGGCCCUCGGAGCUGCCGCGGGGGCGCGAUGGCGGCAGCUGCAGCUGCACGCACGUGUUCCUUAGCGGCCGUGACAACCUGGUGCCGGCCGCGGAGGUGCGGCAGAUACUGGCCAACCGCGCCGCGCUGCUGGGCCCGGGCGGCGGUCCGCACCCCGAGGUGCACUUCCACACGGAGCUGGGGCAUGGCGGCUUCCUGGGCGACCUGGACUGGCAGGCGCGUGUCAUCGGAGCGGCUCUUGGCGUGCCGCAAGGCCAGGUGCAUGCCACACUGCAGGCACGUGUCACGGCUGCCGCCGCCUCCAGCAGCGCCUCCCCUGCCCCUUCAGUCCCAGCCUCGGCCUCGUCCUCGGCCUCAGCUAGCAGCGAGCGCGGUGUGGCUGCGUUGCGACCGCCGGCCGCGGGCGUUCUGCGGUGGCGCCGCGGCAUUGCGCGGCCGCAAGAUGACAGCUCGACAGGCUGCACGCAGCAGCCUCUCAAAGCCGAGAGCGGGGUUUGCAUUGGCGACAGCAGCGGCAACACUGCGCCGCGAACGUCGGCAGUGGGGCCCACGCCACCCUCCGGUGAUGACCGUACGAUCAACGGCUCGCCGCCUGCAGUGGCUCAAGUGGCGACCUCUGGGCGUGCCAACCUGCUCCUUCCCCUCAUCGUGAGGCUGCUGGCUGCACGUGGGGGCCGCGGCAGCGACCUAACCGGUGUGGCAGCAGAACCCAGCGCACGCCGGGAGCAGUUGCAGCAUUCACAAGACGGACCCGCAACAGCACAAGCGCAGAUCGAGCCUGGGUGUGGUGGCAGUCAGGCUCUGGGGAGGAGCGUGGACGCGGCAGCCGCGGCACUUGGGGCGGCGCACGGUGAGACCCAUGCAGGUUCACUGCCGGCGGGACAGCGGCGGCGCAGGUGGCAGCAGCGCCGAAAGGACCGCCAGGCGCAGCUCCGCGACGCGCAGGAAAGCGGCGGUGACGACGGCGGCGACGGUGACAACAAUAGCUUCGCUAGCGGUGGCUCUGCGCAGGGCACGGACAGGCCCUUGCCUGCAGCCACAGGCAACAGCUCUGACGGCAGCGGGAUGGGUGGCAGCAGCCAUCAUCCGGACCACAGCAGCGCGGCGAAUGCAGGAGAAGGUGCGGGCACUCGUCCCAGUCGUGCCAUGCUGGUGGCGCUCGCGGUGCGGGCGGUGGCGCUCGCGGCAUCGCCAGCUUUGACUGUGACGGCCCUUGCAGCCGUGGGUGCGGCCGUGUGCAACCGCGGCACGGCAUACCGCCGGCGUCGCCAGCAGCAAGAGCUUCUACUGCCCAGCUCUGGCACCAUUAACAGCAACAGCGCUUCUCGCGUACAGCGAUCCGGGCCAGUCCCCCUGCAAACACUUGCAAGUGACGCUGUCGGGCUAAGUGCUCAGGCCGCCGUUGCUGCCCUGCCACUGCGUUGGUGGCUGCGGCUGCAACAGGCAGCGUCAGGCCGCCCUGGUGGCACCACAGCGGCGGCUGGCGGGGGCCCGUUGCGGGCAUCAGGAACGGACUGGGCACGGCCACAACCCGCUGCAGGCCAUGUGCGCGACAUGUGCAGCGCGGGCAGCGCGCUUGUGCUGUCGACAGCAGGCCGCGAAGAUUGUUGCACAGAGCGGGCACUGCUUGAACCUGCAGCGGCGUGGAAGGCGUCGUCGAGUACUGGCAGCUCUGGUGGUGGUGAUAGUGUGAGCUCCCUCGAGAGGGCCGCACGGCUGCCGCCGCGUCGCGUGUCACUGCAGCUCCCUCUGUCGCUCGGGCCCGCACUGCCUGCAGCACCAGCGGCAGCACCAGCGGCAGCACCAGCGGCAGCAGCAGCAUCGUUCGCACGGGCCUCGAAGGUCCGACGGAGCCAGUCGCCAGUCCUCAGCCCCGCCGCUAGAGGAGCCCUGCUCCGGCUUUAGGUGUCGGGUAGCCGGCAAUACAGCAGCGAAGUACGGUAGCUGUGUGGGAGGGCGUGCGUGCCGAUGGUGGUGGGCCUGCUGAACAUUGAUGUAGUAGCCGUACGAUUGGACUGGCGACAAUGUCAGGGGGAGUAAGGUGUAACAGGGCCUGCUGGGGAUCUGUGCGUGGGGAACGGAGAGAGUGCGGGGGGCGACUCUUUGCCCCAGGAUGGUGCUUAAGAUGCGCGACACUUGGAUUUGUGGCGCCCGAUCGCUGUUGAUAUAACAUAAUAUUUAUGAUAUUUGCUAGUAUGCUCGUUGUAUUUGCUGCCGCCUGUGUUUGCUAUGAUGACAUUGCGUGCCCUCGAGCCCUCCCGAGGGGCGUCGCGGUCGAGAGCCUGCCGUAGGGUUUCGUGUAAGCGGUUGGAAGGACACCCCCCUCGUCCAAUUCGUGACAGGGAAACUAGAACCAUGGAAUUGUAUAGUAGGUGGAUCGUAGGAGCUGAGCAACACGGAGCGGGUGACAAGGUUCGCGCCAUGCCGUGACCGGGGACAGAAGAAGUGGGGUGCCAAUUUCGCCAGGACGACUCUGACCCCACGAUUUACUGUGUAGAGCCAGAGAUUCGUAUCAAUAAACGGAGGCCCAACCAGGAGCAAAAGCUACGUGUGCGUUCUGAGAAACUUCCCCUUU